AUGAUGAUGCCAACCCGGCCCCAGCAACAUGACAGUGAAUCCAAUGACAGUGAAUCCAAAUACAGUGAAUCCAAGGUGUGGUCCUUAAGGAAUGCUGAGGAUGUGUUGCGGGGCCUCAACAAGCAGCGGAAGCGCGGCCACUUCUGUGAUGUGGUGCUGGUGGCUGACAAGCAGCGGAUCCCUGCUCACCGGGCCCUGCUGGCCCUCUCCAGCCCAUACUUCCACGCCAUGUUCACCUUGGGCAUGAGGGAGCAACACCAGGAGGAGGUGGAGCUGGUUGGCAUGUCCUACGUCGGUCUGAAGACUGUAGUGGACUCACUGUACACCGGAAAGCUGCCAUUGGUUGAAGAAAACAUUGAACAUGUGCUGGAAGCUGCCCACUUUCUGCAGGUGGGUCCAGUGGUGGAUUUCUGCUGCAAGUACCUGGAGGAGGAGCUGAGUGAGGACAACUACCUGCACCUGCAGGGCCUGGCGCUGCUCUACAGCCUGAAGCCCCUGGAGACCUGCAUCGACAGCUUCGUCCUCGCACGCUUCGCCACGCUCUCCUUCACCCCCGACUUCUCUCACAGCAUUCCUUUGCACAAACUGGCGUCCUACCUCUCCAGUAGCCAGGUUCAGCAUGACAGCGAGGAGGCCCUUCUCCAGGCCACCCUGCAGUGGCUCAGCCAGACUCCUGAGCGGACGGCCCACGCCGCUCAGCUCCUCUCCCACAUCCGCCUCCCCCUGGUGCCGGCGGAGGACCUGAUGGGCCGAGUGCUGCCGGCGGUACGGGCCCUGCUGGGGGAGGAUGCCAGCUGCAGGGCCCAGCUGGAGGAAGCUGAGGCCUAUCACGCCAGGCCCAGCGCACAGCCGCUCCUGCAAACAGGGCACAGCACGCCAAGGGGGGGUGUAGAGCGCCUACUGCUGAUUGGAGGAGAGGUGUCAGACCGUGGAGAGGAGCUAAGCGCCAAUGUUUGCUGGAUGGACGGUGAUGAGAAAAACUGGGUGGUGGAAACGGCGAUGCCGUCGGGGCGGAGCCAGCACCGCCUGGCAGUGCUGGGGGGCUUCAUCUUCACUGCUGGCGGCAGCUCGUCCCGGGACAGCGGUGGAGGCGCGUCCUGUAACCUGCACAGAUACGACCCCCGCCACAACCAGUGGACCACGGGUGCUCCAAUGAACGAGCGGCGAGCAGAUUUUUACCUGGGGGCGAUGGGAGAGUGCCUGAUCGCCGUGGGGGGGAGGAAUGACACCGGAAUGUUGUCCUCUGUGGAGGUUUACCAUCCCGCUGAGGACAGCUGGUCCUACGUGGCAGAACUGCCCAGGUCUACUUUUGCCCAUGCUGGGACCAUCUACCAGGGUGUGGUCUGCAUCUCCGGCGGCCACGACUCCCAGAUCGGCCCGUACCGCCGAGACUUCCUGAGCUAUCCGUCCCGGUACGGGGAGGUGUGGGCCGAACAGCAGCCCAUGUCUGUGGCCCGGGGCUGGCAUUGCAUGGCCUCCCUUAACCACCUCAUCUACGCCAUUGGGGGCAGCGAUGACAACGCAGACACCACUGAGCGCUUCGACAUCCUGGAAGUGGAAUCUUUCAGCCCUCACAGCAGCCAGUGGACCCGGGUGUCACCGCUGCUGCUGCCCAGCAGCGAGGCGGGGGUGGCAGUCUGGGAAGGCAGGAUCUUUGUGCUUGGGGGCUACAGCUGGGAGGGUAUGGUGUUCUCCAGAGCCACUCAGGUGUACUACCCUUGGAUGAACUCAUGGCUUAGGGGACCUGACCUGCCGAAUCGCACCGCAGGGGCAUCAGCAUGUGUGUGCACGUUGAAGCCCUUACCAUCAUCCCCCUCCCCGGAGAAGAAGAACUAGGAGGGAAAGGGGAUCAAAGGAAGAUUAUACCCCAUGUAGCAACUGGGAUGAGGGGCUUUCUCUAUGUCCAAAAAUACAGGGCCUGACUUCUGGCUGAGACAGAGCCUGAUGCAUAAUUCUGAUACAAAAUCUUUUUUUAAAUAACUUACAUAUUUUGUUAUGUCCCUAUUCAUUUUCUCACAAUCUCAGGGGAACUGCAGCAUCAAAAAAGAGAAGAGAAGUGGUAGUAAUGGUUACCA